AUGGCGGGUUGCCUUGGCAACGGCGGGCUGCCUCGCGUAUGGGCAACUUCCCGUGGCUCCAAUCACCAGCCUAAAGGGCCCCUGGACCAGUGUAUUUUGUACGGAGAACCCCGGCUCCGGGGCGCCGACAAAGCAGCCGCGCGGGGCAGAGCAGCGGCGCUGGCCGGCACAGCCGCGCUGGCGACCGGAAUUACUUCGGAUUUGUUUCCUGGGGUAAAAUUACCGAAACCAGAUUACAAUGAUUUGCUGGCAGCUAUCAAAGACAAUUGUGCCUCCAUGAAUUUGCAAAUGACCACAUUCUUUUCUGAGAAGAUUCUUCAAAUAUAUGAAAUGAUGAUUGUGCGUCAUGGUUUUAUGAUUGUUGGAGAACCCUUUGGAGGAAAAACUAGUGCGUAUCGCGUCUUAGCUGGAGCACUAAAUGAUAUAUGUGAAAAGGGGCUAAUGGAAGAAAACAAAGUUCAAAUAACUGUUUUAAAUCCAAAGUCUGUCACCAUGGGUCAGCUGUAUGGACAGUUUGAUUUAGUGUCCCAUGAGUGGUCAGAUGGGGUCCUUGCUGUCAGUUUUAGAGCAUUUGCUUCUUCGCCGACUCCAGAUAGGAAAUGGUUGAUUUUUGAUGGCCCAGUAGAUGCAGUGUGGAUUGAAAAUAUGAACACUGUGCUGGAUGACAACAAGAAGCUAUGUCUGAUGAGUGGGGAGAUUAUUCAAAUGUCACCACAAAUGAAUCUAAUUUUUGAGCCAAUGGAUUUAGAAGUUGCUUCCCCUGCCACUGUUUCCAGAUGUGGCAUGAUUUACAUGGAGCCUCACAUGUUAGGCUGGAGACCACUGAUGUUGUCCUGGGUUAAUCUGUUACCUGCAUCAGUCAGUGUUAUUCAAAAGGAAUUUAUAAUGGGCUUAUUUGACAGAAUGAUCCCUGUUUCGAUUGAAUUUAUUAGAAAGCAUACAAAGGAAUUAUCUCCUACUUCCGACACAAACUUAGUCCGAUCCUUAAUGAAUCUAAUAGACUGUUUUAUGGAUGAUUUUGCUGAUGAAGCCAAACUAAAGGAGAGAAAUGAUCGAGAAACUUACUCUUUGCUUGAGGGCAUUUUUCUGUUUUCAUUGAUCUGGUCCGUUGGUGCUUCUUGUACAGAUGAUGAUCGGUUGAAAUUUAAUAAGAUUCUUCGAGAACUUAUGGAAGGUCCGAUUUCAGAUCUAACUCGAAAUAGGUUUAAAUUACAGAGUGGUACUGAACAAACAUCCUCAAAGACACUAACUGUCCCAUUUCCUGAAAAAGGAACAAUUUAUGAUUAUCAAUUUGUCACUGAGGGAAUAGGAAAAUGGGAACCAUGGAUAAAGAAAUUGAAAGACGCUCCUCCAAUUCCUAAAGACGUAUUUUUUAAUGAAAUCAUUGUGCCAACUCUGGACACAAUUCGAUACUCUGCAUUAAUGGAAUUGCUGACCACUCAUCAAAAGCCUUCAAUAUUUGUAGGACCAACGGGAACUGGGAAGAGUGUUUACAUUAUUAAUUUUCUUUUAAAUCAACUAAAUAAGGAAAUCUACAAACCUCUGCUAAUUAACUUCUCGGCACAAACUACAGCAGCUCAAACUCAGAAUAUUAUCAUGUCAAAAUUGGACAAGAGAAGAAAGGGAGUUUUUGGUCCUCCUCUGGGCAAGAGAAUGAUUGUGUUUGUAGAUGAUGUCAAUAUGCCUGCUCGGGAGGUAUAUGGGGCUCAACCUCCCAUUGAGUUACUUAGACAGUGGUUAGAUCACUGGAACUGGUAUGACCUAAAAGAUUGUUCCAUGAUUAAACUAGUGGACAUCCAGAUCAUGUGUGCUAUGGGACCUCCAGGUGGUGGUCGAAAUCCAGUAACUCCUCGAUACAUGCGACAUUUCAAUAUUAUAACAAUCAAUGAGUUUAGUGACAAAUCCAUGUUUACAAUCUUCUCCAGAAUCUUAACUUGGCAUUUAAAAAUCUGUUAUAAAUUUCCAGAUGAAUUUCUAGAUUUGACCACACAAAUCGUAAAUGGCACAAUGACUCUGUAUAAAGACGCAAUGAAGAAUCUCUUGCCUACUCCAGCUAAAUCUCACUACUUGUUCAACCUCCGUGAUUUCUCCCGUGUCAUUCAAGGUGUGUGUUUGUCAAGACCAGAAACAACAGAAACCACAGAAGCAAUUAAACGUCUUUGGGUUCAUGAGGUCCUUCGAGUAUAUUAUGACCGCCUUCUGGACAAUGCAGACAGAAGCUGGCUCAUCAACUAUAUUCAAGAAAUUUUGAAAAACUACAUGCAUGAAGAUUUUCAUGAGCUUUUUCAACGUUUGGAUUUUGAUAAUGAUGGAAUAGUGGAAGAAGAUGACUUACGCAGCUUAAUGUUUUGUGAUUUCCAUGAUCCCAAGAGGGAGGAUACCAACUACAGAGAAGUCACAGAUGUGGAUAAUCUUCGAAUGAUAGUAGAAAUUCACCUAGAAGAAUACAACAAUAUAAGCAAAAAACCCAUGAACCUCGUCUUGUUUCGAUUUGCUGUAGAGCACAUCAGCAGAAUUUCCAGGAUCCUGAAGCAGCCUCGCAGCCAUGCUCUCCUAGUAGGGGUUGGAGGGAGCGGAAGACAGUCUGUCACCAGAUUAGCUGCCCACAUGGCUGAUUAUUCAGUUUUCCAAGUUGAAAUCUCUAAGGGGUAUGAUAUUACUGAAUGGCAUGAAGAUUUAAAAGUGAUCUUAAGGAAAUGUGCCGAAGGUGAGAUGCAGGGUGUCUUCCUGUUUACAGAUACUCAGAUUAAAAAAGAGUCAUUUCUGGAAGAUGUCAAUAAUCUGCUAAAUGCUGGGGAGAUUCCAAAUCUCUUUGCAUUAGAUGAGAAGCAAGAGAUAUGUGAUAAGAUGCGUCACAUAGAUCGCCAGCGAGAUAAAACCAAGCAAACAGAUGGCAGCCCCAUAGCCCUUUUCAACAUGUUUAUUGAUCGUUGCCGCAACCAACUGCAUGUGGUCCUUGCCAUGAGUCCCAUUGGAGAUGCAUUUCGGAAUCGUCUAAGGAAGUUCCCUGCUCUUGUUAACUGCUGCACCAUUGACUGGUUUCAGUCAUGGCCUGAAGAUGCACUCCAGGCAGUUGCCUCACGAUUCCUGGAAGAAAUUGAAAUGUCAGAGGAAAUACGAGAUGGCUGUAUCGACAUGUGUAAAAGCUUCCACACUUCUACUAUCAAUUUAUCAAAAUCUUUCUUUGUUGAACUUCAAAGACACAAUUAUGUGACUCCUACCUCUUACCUCGAAUUAAUCUCCACCUUCAAAUUAUUGUUAGAAAAGAAAAGAAGGUAAAAAUGAAAUUUCAUAUUUCUAAGUAAGCUAUAGAGAAUUAAAAAUAUUUGUGUGUGCAAAAAUGACAUAAAUAUGAUGUAAUAGGGGUUUAUUUUAUAGAAAUACACUGUGAGUUUUGUUACAUCUUUAAAUAAUUUAAUCCACAAACAUUUUGAGUAUAGGGAGGGGUCUCAUCCUUCUCGUACGGGCACAUUGCCUUGCACAUUGGAGAUGCACAAUCACUCUUGGAAGAAUGAAGAUACUCCAACCAGAACUCUGAAUAUUGAGUAAACACUACUAGAGAGUGAGUUUUCUCUGAUAAAUGAUUAGAUAAUAGUUAAACCCUUUCUUUGGAUACUGAACAGCUGAGACUCUAGGGAGGGACAGCUAUUCUCUAAUAAACUCUCAUUUGAAAACAUCAAUAUAAACAUGAGUAAAUUUAUGUGCUAUAGAAAAUGUCAAUGUGAGUUUUUUUUUAAUGUUCUUGAGGGUGACUUUUGUGUGCAUAAAAGUUUAUUCAAAUAUUUCCUUGGUUCUAAAAAUUGAAAUUCAGUAUGUAUGUAUACUACAAAAUUUAAAAACAUCACAACAUUAAGCUAGAAAGUAGGAAGUUUGGAAAAUUUUAGUGGUUACCUUUAAAGGGGACCCUGGAUUACUGUAUG